AUGGCUCUCGGUGGCAGAAUGUAUCUGGUGGUGGCGGUGUUGAUCGCACUGACCAGCCCGUUCCAACCGGCGAUGGCGCAGGAGGAAACGGAUGACGAAACGAGUCGUACCUUCACCGUCUACGAUUAUGUGGCCGUUGGAGCGAUGUUGGUCAUUUCCAUCGGAAUCGGCGUUUUCUACGGUUGGUUCGAGAAGAAGGGAUCUACCGGUAGUGCGGAAGACGGUGGAGCGACGGCCGGCGCCAGUUCCAAUGACUUUCUGCUCGGCUCGGGCAUGAGCCUGUUCCCGGUGACACUCAGCCUGACGACCAGCUUCAUCACCGCCAUCGAGCUGCUGGGCAACCCGUCGGAGAUGUUCUUCAAUGGAACGCAGUUUUCACUGAUCGUGAUAUCGAUGGUUCUGGUCGUACCGGUUGCGGUAAAAGUGUUCUAUCCCAUCUACUACAAAUUAGAGGUUACCAGUUGCUACGAAUAUCUCGGCAUGCGCUUCGACAAGCGGAUCCGAGUCUUCGGUGCUGUGCUGUACAUUUUGCAAAUGCUGUUCUACACGUCGGUGGCCGUGCUGGCGCCUGCCAUCGCCCUCUCGGAAGCAACAGGUCUGAACCGGUACAUCGCCGUCGUCCUCAUCUACUUCGUGUGCAUUUUCUACUCGUCCCAAGGUGGCAUGAAGGCGGUCGUUAUCGCAGAUACGUUUCAGGCUUGCGUGCUGCUGCUUUCGCUCAUAUUAAUCCUCGCACUCGGGUCGCACUACUCGGCCGCCCUGCCGGACGUGUUUUCCCGCGCCUCCGAACACGACAGGAUUGAAUUUUUCAACUUCGAUCCCAAUCCGACGACCCGCCACACGGUGUGGUCCGUCAUCAUCGGCGGCUUUUUCUACUGGACCUCGCUGUUCUGCACCAAUCAGGCGUCCGUUCAAAAAUGCAUGUCAUUAAAAUCGCUGAAAACGGCCAAACGUGCACUCUACUUCUCCCUGCUCGGAUUGAUUGCGGUGUUUUUGAUGAACUUCUAUACGGGAUUGAUGACUUUCGCACACUAUUCCGACUGUGACCCGCUGGCCGCGGGCCAGAUCACGGCCAAGGAUCAGCUUCUGCCGUACUACGUGAUGGAUGUGUUUGGUCACAUCAAAUUCAUGACCGGUAUUUUCGUGGCCGGAAUUUUCGCCGCCAGCUUGGGAACUGUCGCGGCAGCCCUCAACUCGUUGGCCGCCGUUACGAGCGAGGAUCUGCUUGUGACCGGCAUGGAGGUGAAGAUACCCGAAGGCAAGGGUGCACUGUACGCCAAGUGGAUGUCCUUGGGCUUUGGAUUAGUUUCCUUCGGACUAGUUUUCGUGGUGGAACGCCUCGGUGGCAUACUGCAGGCUACCCUUACGUUGAACGGUUUGAUUGGUGGCGUAACGCUGGGUCUGUUUAGUCUUGGAAUAUUCUUCCGCCGAGCGAACAGUAAGGGUGCGAUGUUCGGUGGCAUCACGGCUCUGGUGCUAGUCAUCGUCGUUGGAGUGCUGGCUCAGCUGAACAACGAAGAGCCAGUGCCGCUGCCGACGUCCGUCGAAGGUUGCAACGCUGGUGCCAGCGCGUGGGAUAACCAGCAAGGUCUCGGGUAUGAGGUGCAUCCCGUGGGUGAGUCGGUAAGCUUGGCACUCAAAUUGAACGCCGGCGUCGAUCCCGACUCCCUGCUCAACAUAGUGCGCCACGAGGAUUGGAGCGGUCGAGAUUCCGAGCAGCAUUUCUACAGAUUGUCUUCUGAGGAAAGUCCCAUGCAGUCCACCACGGAUUACGGUGGCGACGUAAAAGCUUCAGCCAGACAGGACGACGACACGGACGACGACUCUUCCUGGUUCGCAGCCGUGUACGGCAUCAGCUACAUGUGGUACAGCUGCCUCGGAACGUUGCUGACGCUGCUGUUCGGCAUCAUCAUUUCGCUGCUCACGUCGGACGAACCGCUCGGUUGGUGUGCGGGCCGCAACAGUGCAUCCCUUCAGUCGGAGCUUCCGAGCACGGUGACCCAAAACGGCGUUCCCUCCAAGGAUCCGAUCGAAUCGCCCGGUAAAAAGCGAUCGAAGCUGAGCGUUGGCUCGAUGGCCCCGCUGGCGAUGAUGAUGAGAACGUCGGUGACGCUCAGCCCGUCAGCCAGCCCCCGUCGGCUCCAGCCGAAGGAGAGUGCCUCGAACGGGGCGAGCGUUGACUCGAGCAUGGCUAGCGUGUUCUCCGUCGACCAGCAGACGAUAUCCUCCGAGCUGGGCUCGUACACGGAGGAGGAUUGGAGGGAGGAUGUGCGGCGAGCGGCCGGUGGGCUAAGCAGCGCCCCGGGAAGCACCUUCCCGUCGACGGUAUCGAUGAAGGUGGAGAGUGAAAGAUUUUAA